AUGCUUCCUGAUGAUAACAUUAUCUUGUCAACUGAUCAUUUUCCUUCCUUUUGGUAUAUCAGGUUUUUUUUAGGCUUAAUACUUGCUUUCACAGCAUCACAUGCCUCAGCUGAUGCAUUUAAUUGCUUAUGGUUUGAUAACUUUAAUUUAAUUCACCACUAUUCAUCGAAUUUGACAGCACCUAAUUACAAUGUGUCUGAGGUACAAGGAUUUUCGAACACUUCCACAAAUGUAUAUGAUACUGACACUGCUCAAAUGAACGUAACUAUUAUUGGUGUGCGUGACCUUGCAGAAAAUAAGCUAAUUUUGAAAGAACUUGACCAACAGUUAGAAAUAGUUGAAAUGGUGCAGCAACAAUUGGAAUGCUGUGGUAUUGAAGGAUCAUACGAAUGGUUGGGACUGUAUUCUGGGGAAUUUAUGCAUGAAAAGAUGACAAAGUUUGAUCUCUGGUGGUCAAAUAGCUCGUUACCACGACGAUUUCCGCAUUCUUGUUGUCCUCAGACAAACUUUUUAUGCUCGGUUUACUUAUCUAAAAAUAAAACAAAACGGGCAUAUUAUACAGAAGAAGUAGUCGGUUGUCGCAAAAAAAUCGUUCAUGAAGUUUCGAAAGGUAUACGAAUUAUGUCGUCAUUUUUGAAUGGAGCCAUAAUUUUACAAUUAAUUUUAACACCACCGAUUUACAUUUUGGUAGAAAAAAGGCGGCAAUUAGAACGACUAGAAUACAUUGAACGAUGGGAACGACAUAUUGAGAUUGCUCAGGAACAGGAGAUUAAACGAACUGAUACGCAGAAUAGUCUUUCAGAGGAUAAAUAG